UGCUUUUCGUGCUCUUGGAGAGCCUCAUCCACUACCCACAGCGCGUGGGUGAUGCUUGGGAUGAGGAAACACGUCUGCGCAUGGAAGUGCGUGCAAAGCAGCUGGAAUGGGAGAGGAUUCAGCUGGAGCAGGAGGUGGAGCAGCUCAGGCUGCAGCAAGUGCAGCUCAUGGGGGUCUUGCAGCCCUUAGCGGUCUUGCAGCCCUUAGCAAUUGCUGUGCUUGUGGCCCUUGUCUUGGUGCUAUGGUGGAUGGGGUGCAAAAGAAGCCUGAGGAGAGGAGGGUAUGAAGGAGAAAACAGUGGCGCAAAUGAAGAGGAAGUCAGAAAUGGGGAUGCAAAUGGAGAAGGCGAUGUUGGAAAUGAAGAAGAAGAUGAUGCAAAUCGGGAGGAAGAUAACAAUGAUGAUGGCAAUGUACAGGAAGAUGGCAAUGUUCAGGAAGAUGGCAAUGUUGCUGCAAAUGGAGAAGAGAAUAUGGAUAAUGAAGUUGCCAAUGAGGCUGCAAAUGCAGAAGACAAUGAUGAUGCACUUGCAGUCUAUGGAGGAGACAACGAUUUUGACGAUAACGUGGGAAGAAUUCUAAUGGAACGCAUACAGUGGCCUGUACAGGACCUACAGAGAGGCUGCGAUUGGACAAAAAACCUCAUGGACAAUUAUGCACUUUACUUUGGACACGUCUUAUCCAACAGCUUCUACCCAGGCCUGCAACGAGCCAUCGGGGUGGGCAGCGCCUUUGAAGGUUGGAGUCCCCGAGAGCAGGAUGUCGUGUACCAGGUGUUCAUACCCAUGACUCCUCCCCGAGGCCACAGCUUCCACCUGGAGCUGGACUCUGCAGAGCAGAGGCACGUGAGGAACUUCCGUGUCCGCGUGCAGCUGGAGUGCACCUGCAGGGAGGAGCAGCAGGCUGAGAACAUGCUGUGCUUCCUGCACCACCCCGAGGAGGAGCUGAGGAGCAAUCAGGAUCCCAGCCUCCUGCACACCCUGUGCACCGACUCCUACCUGGAUGUGCAGAAAACUGCCCGCUGGUUCUACCAGCUGGUGAGAGCCAUCUGGCCAGCUUUGCCACAGUCACACAACUGGCAUUUAAAGCUGCUGCCCUCCAGACGCUCCUGCCAAUUCCAGGUGAGCAAUGGCAGAGAAAGCUUCAGGAUUGAGAUGCUGUUUGGAGUGCGGAGAGGCGACUCCGACAUCUUUGUGAGCAGCCAGCCUAGAGAGGCCCACACCCAAAGCACAGCCUGGCCUGAGACCUAUGCUGUGGCAGAGAUGAAAUUCUUCAAGCACAUCGCCAAGCGGGCUCCCCGUGACAGUUUGCACCUCAAAUGCCUGCAGUUCUUCACUCGUCUUCUGCUGGGCUUCAGCUUUUCCACCUACUCCAUGAAGACCAUUGUCAUGCACCUGCUCAAUGUGGUGCCCCUGUCACAGUGGCGCAGGAGAGAUUUCCUGCAGCGGCUGCUGGAUAUCAGUGAUGGCCUGCGCAUGUGUGUGCGAGCGAAACGCCUCGACCACUUCAUUGUGGGGAACCAGAGGCUGCCUCGGGUCAUCCGUUUGCCCCCAGAUGUCCAAAGGGCUCAGCCAUACAAUCUCUUCCAUCACCUGGCAGAGGAACCAGCUGCCUACUCCCAGGCCAUAAAUGAGUACAGAGUUCUGCGAAAGUGGUUCAAAAGAAUCCUUCGCGGUGAGCAGUGAAUGAACGUGCCAAUGCACAGAGCUGGGCUUGUGCUGCUCGCAGCUGGCAGUGAGACACCUCAUCGUACAACUUUGGUGCUUUAAGGAGAAGAGGAUGCAAGUACAGCCUCUGGUGAAGUUCUUACAGCCUCUCCUGAUGCCUCAGCAGGUGGAUGGCCACGGGAGGGUUUAUUCUACCUCCUUUCGUCAUGUAAUUUUCCAAAAAAGGCAACCGGAUCUACAUAAAUCCCUUCUGGAAUUUCGCCACC